AUGGCGGUUUAUUUGACUCCGCGGUUCAGGAGGCUCCGGAGUCACAGCGAGCUGGAGCUGCGGCGGGGCAACGGACGGCGGCGAGAGUGCGAUGGUCCCUUCCAAGCAACUCAGCUGUGGAACAGUAUCAUUCAUGCCCUUCACAGUCAAGUGGAAAUCAAGAGACGUCGACAACAUCUUAAAACAUAUAAAAACUGCUUCACUGGAUCAAAUGCUGUUGAUGUGGUACUGAGCCAUCUGAUGCAAAGCAUGUACCUGAGCUGCAAUGACAUUUCUCGGCUAAAAGGAGUCCGUGUAUGCCAAGCGUUGAUGGAUCACAAGGUGUUUGAGGCAGUUGGAGCAAAGCUUUCUUUAUUCAAGAACGAGAAAGAAACAGAGUUUGAAGACACAAACACUAGUCUCUAUAGAUUUGUAAAUAGCAGUCUUACUCCUCUUCCAAGAAAGAACAAAGACAAUGAGUGCUUGUCUCCUGAGCAAAUCUGCAAGACAAAAAGAUGUUCCAACAGGGUGAAGUGUGAAACAACACUUUCAAACCCCUUAGCAUUAGAAGCAGCUGAUAAAAAGAUGGUAGAGGAGCUUCUUCAAUCAAUAAAUGUUCAUGCAUCUUUACCUCCAAAGAUCAUGAUUAAUGAACCAACUCAGCUGCUUUCAAAAAGAGUAAUAGAUGAUGUCUGGAAACAGCAGACUCUGCUACGACUGCUACAGAUAAUUGAUGUUCCCCUUCUAGAAGGUAUCUUGGUGUCUUCAGUGAAGACAAAACCAGACUGUUUCAGCAAGGAAGAGGACUUGAUUAUCUCAAAUACUUUCCUGGACAGGGAGGUUACAUGUAGCUUAAACUUACCUGAGCUUGAUAAAUGGCUCUAUGCUGCAAUUGAAUGCUUGGAGUAUUUCCCAGACCAAUUCAUAGUGAUGAUUACUCAGCAGUUACCUCCAAGCACUAACACCCCCUGCACUCUGAAUGAAUACAAGAAGAUUCUUUUUGAUGUUAUAGUGAAGUAUUAUAGUCAAAAGAAGGAUUCCCUUCUUGCUGCUCAGGAUCUUGAUAUUCAUUCAGGAAUUAUAGAACUUAUAGAAAAAGGAAAAACAGAUCAAGCUGUAGAGGCAGCACAGCUCUAUGUAAAAUUAUUAGCACCCAAUACCAGAGAAGAACUGCACAAACUGCUGACAUUCAUUGCCAUUGCAUCUGACUCUGAGGGCUACAAAUUGCAAAAACAAUUUGAUAACAGGUCAGUGAUCAUCAAGACUUGCACUAAAUUCAUCCUACAAAGUAAGGCAUUGUCAAAAGCACAGGCAGAGCUGCUGACUCAGUUUCUGAUGGACAAUCACUCUGAGCUCUUCAAGACCCCUUUGACUCUUCUGGAAUUAACUAGUAGAAGACUUGAGAGUUUGCUAGAAGGACAAGAUCCAGAUAUCAAUUCAGGCUUCACCUUCUGUCAGCGUGUGACAGCUAAGGAAUACGAAGAUCAAAAACACCAAACAAAUCAGUAUCUUCUGGCACUGGUUCAAGAGAUGGACAAGGACCCUACUAUUCCUUUGAAGCAGAAAAAGAAAUUAAUGAAAGAAUUCCGAAAAUACCAUUCUCUUGUCUAUUGCAGUGGCUGUAAAACUGGAUGUGAAUUUUGUACUCAAAAUGGUUAG